CUCUAGCACGGAGCUUUGCACGAGCUUACGCGCCCACGCGGUGUCGCGGUACACGAAAACUUUGCCGAACUUCCGAACUCAGCGAAAGUGCGUUGUGAUAUUGAGUGCUUGUGAAUGUACGGUGAUAGUGUUGAAAAAUAUUGUGUUACAGUUGAAAACUAUAUAAUUAAGGAUUUAUGGACAUGGAAAUCUGAGCUGUGUAUUGAUAAGUGAACAAUGAUGGUGGCAACGGUUCGUCGCGGAAGGCAGCAGUGUUUUCUUGUGCAUUGAUGAGAAACGCUGGAAGCAUGGCAUUGAUACGCACCACUACCAGGGUUUGUCUACUGGUCGUCAUGCUACUUUGUAAAGAAUACGGUGUGGCAAGCCUGGAAUUGUUGGAGCUCCGCGUGCCAGCACACGUACCGCUCGGGCUCAGACCAGAACUGUCCUGCAAAUGGCAGUUGGCACCGACCGACGUCUUGUACUCCGUCAAAUGGUAUAAAGAUGGCAAGGAGUUCUUCAGACAUGUCCCUCGCGACAUCGAGCCAAGGAGAAAGUUUCCAUUGCCUGGAGUUGAUGUGGAGAAAUCAAGUCCGAACGGCGCCAAUGUGACACUCUCGCCGGCGAUCUUGGAGACCGGCGGGAGGUAUCGCUGCGAGGUAUCUGGAGAGCGGCCGCUCUUCCCCACGGUGUCUGACCAUUCCGACAUGAUCAUUGUUGCUCUGCCAGACCACGGUCCAACGAUCACCGGGUCCAAGAUACGGUACCAGAUAGGUGACCGUGUGCAAGUGAACUGCACGUCAGGUCGGUCGCGGCCUGCCACUAGGCUGGCGUGGUACAUCAACGGUGAGCCGGCGCCGCAAGGCGCGCUCCUGCCACCCAUCCAUCAGAAACACGAGGAUGACUUGGAAACCACGAGUCUUGCGCUUGACUUCAAAGUCAAACCUAAGCAUUUCAGAAAAGGAGAUCUUAAAUUAAAGUGUCUCGCAACAAUAGCUACAGUAUACUGGAGGAGCAAUGAAGAGAGCGUACAGGGUGACAAGCUGAAAGGUUACUCGAGGUCCCGGGAGCUGACUGAAGGCGCGUCCCGGGCAGACCGAGUGCAGGCGGCAGGCAAGCCAGGCGGCUCCGCCAACGGCCUUCACUUACUACCAUGCCUUAUGGUCUUUUGCGCCACAAUCAUAAUGUUACCAAGCAAGCUGUUCGCGAAACUAUAAUACCAUGUUUAUAAACAGUGACAAGUGAUCACAUAGCUUUCAUUUCAUUUUUAUUUGACGAUAUGUACCGUGCCAUUGUGGAUGCAUCAAUCUUGUCAAUUACGGUCACCUCACGAUGAUUCCAAAGAUUAUUUGCUUACCAAAGUAAGGGCAUUUAACUUUUUAACUAUGAAUUUCAAUGUUUUUGUAUUUUCUUAUCGGUUUAUGCCCAAUACAAACGAAAAACCAAAUGCGAUCAAUCUAAAGUCCCACAGAUAAUGAAAUGCAUGAGCUAAUGGUAUUUAUUUGCAAUAAAAGAGCAGAAUAUCUUAUUAUUUGCUGUUAUUUUGUUUUCUAAAUGCGUUGGUUUAAUGGCUUUUUUAUUUAUUAACUAAACAUAAUGAUACUGCCUACGAAUUUUUAAUGUCAUCUACAUAUCAUUGUAGGUCAGUAGAUAUAAAACGAUAAAUUAAGUAUGACAUAUCCUUAACAUAAAAUAUCUAGUUGUGACAAUCGCUAUUAGGUACAUUUCUAUCGGCAUACUAAAUGUUAUGAAAAUUAUUGUGCCCUGUACGAUUUGGAUCAUAUGGAUAGAAAAUCUUUUGUUUACAUUGUAUUUUUUUUCCAGUAGAGUUUUAUGUUUUUUGCAACAACAAAAACUUUUUUAUUAUUAAAUAUUCCCUUCGCGGCUCUCCCGUAGUCCAAAUUCACUCCGCUAAUACUAUUUAACUUUAAUUACUGAAAUGUUUAAUAAGAUGAUAAAACUGAUAAAUAAAAUUCGUCUUCAUCCGUAUAUUCUGUUGUGAUUGUGAUUCUGUUUAUAUGUAUCUACCUAAACCGUAUUAAGUAUAUGCAGAGAAAGUAAAAGAUUUUUAUUUGAUAAUGUCUCCACAUAAAUCCUUUCUUGUAUCUUGUAUAGAUUCCUAUAUAUAUAUAUAUGUUCUACAAAGCCCUGCAUUAGCUUUUGCUUGCAUUAUUUUAUUUUUAAGAUAUAUUAUGUGCUUAUGUGUGAAAAAGGCUAUGUAGUUAGUUAAUAAAACCUAUUAGAUAGGUGAAAGUGAAAAAGAAGAAAUAAAGCCAAUGUAUAUUAGUCUAAAAGCCCGUGAA